AUGUCCGAUCAAAGCGAAUACCCGUCCGAGUCCAUGCCCGACCAAGAUAACGGUCUCCGACCACUUUCCAAUGUGGACGAUUUGUCUCUUGGGAACAACGUCGAUCUUGCUCGUAUCAUGAACCGUGCUGGUAUUGCACUUCCCAAUGGCUUCCCGCUGGAUGACGAUGACGACGAUGAUGAAGUGGACGAAGAUUACGUAGCAAUUGAUCAAGAUGAGGGCCAGGACUACCCAUACUGGUUCCGCCGCCCGCAUACCCAGAACCGCACAAAGCUGGAUGAACUGCAUCCCUUCGUCCAAUUGCUGUCUGUGUCAAAUGUUGACGACUGUGUGAAGGUGGAGAACGCUUUCCCGGAAGCGGAGCGUUGCUCGUAUGAUAAGUUCAUCUACCGUCUCACUAGAUGCCCCGAGCUGAGUCUUGGUCUGUUCACUCUCCCUCUCCUCGCAGAGGGAGAGACCAAGCCUCGCCCGACCCUUGUCGGGCAUAUCAUUGCCACUCGCACCUCAGAGCCUUCCGUGACAGAUCGCUCCAUGCGACUUCCAGCCAACUGGCAGAAUGAGCGCUGGUCUUUCGAGGACGAAAAGGCGGUUGGUCAUGAGGAAGGAGGCAGCACAAUCGCCAUCCACUCUCUUGCCGUGGAACCAGAGCACCAGGGCAAGCAGGUCGGCAGCACUCUCAUGAAAUCAUACAUCCACCGCAUUCGGGAGGCCCAGAUUGCGGACCGUAUUGCCAUCAUUGCUCACGACCACCUGGUGCCGUUCUACGAGUCCUUCGGCUUCGAGUCUCAUGGCCCCAGCAAGUGUCAGUUUGGCGGCGGUGGUUGGGUUGAUAUGAUCUUGGAGUUUGGUCCCGAGCCAAUGGAUGAUUAA